AUGUCACGGUACGUUAAACAAUUAGUAUGUCGAUUUCAUCCUGAAGCGACAUUAAUUGAAGAUUAUCGUGCUGGCGAUAUGAUUUGUCCAGAAUGUGGAUUAGUCGUUGGAGAUCGAAUGAUCGAUGUUAGCGCUGAAUGGCGUACUUUUUCUAAUGAUAGUGAUACGAAAGAUAUGAGUCGUGUCGGUGCUGCAUCAAAUCCAUUGUUCAGUACCGAUCAUUUUCAUACGUUUAUGACGUCAGGAACAGGUGCCGGAGCACUUGAUGAAUCUGGUAAACAGAAAUAUACUAAUAAAUCUAGUCAAGUGUCAUCUGAAGAUAAAGCAUUAAAAACUGGUUUUGAUGCUAUUCGACAGAUGGCGGGACGUAUUUCUUUAUCAACUCGAAUUAUUGAUCGAGCAUGUUUAAUUUAUAAACAAUGUUAUGAAAAUAAAUGUGUACGAGGUCGAUCACCAGAUGCAGUUGCUGCAGCAUGUAUUUAUUUAGGUUGUCGACAUGAAGGUCUACAACGUACAAUUAAAGAAAUUUGUGCAAUUGCAACAAAUGCAACAAAAGUAGAAAUUGGUCGAUGUUUUCAACAAAUUAUUAAAAAGUUACCAAAUGUUAAUCGACCUGAAACUGUUGAUAUUAAAAAUUUGAUACCUCGUUUUUGUAGUCGGCUUCAACUUGAGGAAGUAAAUCUUAUUAGAAAAACAGCUAUCUAUAUUGUUGAACAAGCAAAAGAACUUUGUGAUAUACAAAGUCGUGCACCAGAUUCAGUUGCAGGUGCAGCCAUUUAUAUGGCUUGUGCUGCUGUUAAUGACCGACAGCCAUUGAAAGAUAUAGCAACUGCAACUGGUGCAUCAGAAAAUACAAUUCGACAAGUUUAUAGAAUAAUGUUACCAAGAGCUGCUAAAUUAUUUUCAGCAGAUUUUGUAUUUAAAUGUCCAUUGGUUAAUUUACCAAAGUCAUGA